CUCUAAGUUUCCUUUGCGCUCUGCCAAGUCCAAAGCCUGCAAUCCCCGGCCACCAUGCAUCUGCGCCUGCUGAGGAGCAUCCCCCGGUUUCAGAAAGCAGAAGACGGAAAAGAAAGUGCGGUGACUACACGUUCGCCCCCGUGGUGGGCUUCCCACGGUCUCCACAUGCCUCAACCGUAUGCCCUUGCCUGCCCUCGCCUCAUCCACCUGCCGGCUACUAGCCAGCAUCCACAAGAGUCUAGAUGA